AUGGCCGCCAAAAGUUUGGUCGUUGCUGGAGGAAGUGGAUUUCUGGGAUCCAGAAUCUGUAAAUCUGCGGCGGCAAGGGGAUGGACAGUCACCUCAUUAAGUCGUUCGGGUGAGCCACGGUGGAACACAGUCACUGAAUCAAAGGAGCGUCCCAGCUGGGCAGGCUCCGUGGAAUGGGCCAAGGCCGAUAUCUUAAAGCCAGAGAGCUACAAGUCGUACCUCAAUGGAGCUUCAGCUGUUGUUCAUACAAUGGGCAUUCUCCUUGAAGCAGACUAUAAGGGUGUCGUGCAAGGAAGGGAGCCAAUCAUUAGUGGCCUUCAGCGAGCCUUUAGCUCGACUAAGCUGGGGAGCCAGAACCCUCUAUCCAGGAAAGAGGGCGAGGCUCUCGAGCCGAAGGAGAAAGAUGGGCAGUUGACCUAUGAGUUGAUGAACCGAGAUUCCGCCAUUGCACUAGCACAGGAAUCCAGUAAUGAACAUGUCCCAGCUUUUGUCUACAUCUCGGCUGCUGCUGGCGCACCGCUCCUCCCGGCCAGGUAUAUCACCACCAAGAGGGACGCAGAGGCAGCCAUCGCAUCCACCCUCCCAGACCUGCGAAGCAUCUUCAUUCGUCCGGGCUUCAUGUAUGACUCCAGCAGAAAGUUCACGUUACCAAUCGCAAUGGGUGGUUUCAUCGCCUCAGAGUUCAACACUUUCCUCGGCAAUAAGCUCGGAUUUCUAGGGUCGAUGACAGAGAAGCCCCUCAAAGUUGAUGUUGUCGCUGAGGCGGUAGUCGAGGCAUUGGAGGAUGAGUCCACCAAGGGUGCAGUCGGAACGAAACAGAUUGAGGCACUUGCAACCAAGGCCUGGCGAAAGACGAUGCUCUAG